AUGUCCUUUUCUCCACAAAUAAAUUUAGAAAAUGGUGAAUAUUUAUCUAAUAUACAAACAAAAAACGUUUCAUUAUCUGUUCAACCAACACUACAAAAUUUAAUUUGCAAAGAAUGUGGAACUAGUUUUAAACAAACAGAUGAGGAAGCUUAUUACUCUCAUUUUAACCAUUGUGUUAAAUCUGCUUUACAUCAAUACGAGAAUUCGAACAGUUUAAAUACACAAACAUUAAAACAUAAAGAAUUUCCUAAACCUGUUGUUAAUUGUUCUUCACUUCCUGUUCGUGUUCAAUGUAAUUUAUGUGGCAGAAAAUUAUUUCAACACAAUUUGGCUGUACAUAAUCGUAUUCAUACUGGGGAGAUGCCUUUCAAUUGUGAAUUUUGCUUUAGGCCUUUUAGAACAAAAUCAGCUUUAAAUGUCCAUUUUCGUUCACAUACGGGUGAGCGUCCUUAUAAUUGCCCAUUUUGUUGUUAUGCUUGUAUUACUAAACCGAAUUUAAAAAGGCAUAUAACUAAUAAACAUGACAAGGCAACUGGGAGAACAUUUAAAUUGUGUGCUAUAAAAAAUUGGCGAUGA